CACGAGAAAAUUUCUAUAAAAACGCUGAGCGUCUGCAAGCUCUUCAUUACAGUGCAAGUUACAGCCAGAGCAUCAGUAAGAGUUCCAUCUCUAGCCAUAUAGGUAUUCCGUCAACGAGAAUCGUCGUCAAGAUGAAGACUUUGUUCGUUUUUGCUGCCGUGCUUGCGGCCGUUACGCUGCUGCCCAGCGCCACCGUGGCGCGGCCUGACUAUAUCCCGCAACAGGCACCUCAACUGCAGCAACAGCAACGCCGUUUCCCGCAACAGGCGCCUGAACUUCAGGAACGUCAAAGUACUCGUUGCGUGGGUCCCUGCACCGGAGCGGGUGGAGAGGCGGGCAUGCUUCGCAAAGAAUGCAUGGAGUGGGAAACUGAUGUAGGAGGGGCCUCUGCGGACGACUCCUGCCACUGUUGUUACUAUGACCGCGUGCCGUUCCCCACCACAACGACCGCCCCAUAAGCGGUUCCCAAGUGCCUCCAGCCGUGCCAGCCUCCCCCGCUGAAGCACUCAUAUAAGGGCGGCUGGGGCGAUUGGUGUGAGCGACUUCUGGAAAACGCGACGGCUUCCAUCAUUUGUUGGAUAUAUUAAGUCGCGCUGUACCAUGAUAAAAUAUAAAGCACUGGCCAUAACCUUGGCAAUCUAUAUUUGAGAAUUUAUUUUAGUUUAAUGUAAGCAUUUGAAAUUAUUUACUUUUUCUUAAAUUCAAAAUUACAAUUCCGAUAAUUUUGAUUACUUUUGCAAGUUUGGGAUGUAAUAAACGAAAAAUGUAUUAUGAGGAAUAUUUACUUAGAGAAUUUACACUGUAGCAGAACUCAUGGGUUACCGAUUAGGCUGUUUUAUAAAAUUAUAGAAUUUCCUACAGUACUAAAUAAACUGCAAGAUAGA